GUAAGUCCGCAAUCACUACGUGGUGGUAAGACUGGUGUAUACGUUGGAGUAUCCAUAUAUCCCAUGGCUGAAGGCUAUCCCGACGAAAUUCAGCCCGAUAUGAAGCAAAGUUUGCAGAGAGCGACCAUGCAGACUUUCUCCAAUUUGAAAUCCCUUUACGCCAGUCGUAUAUCAUUUGUGUUUGAUUUCAAGGGCCCGUCACUGCUGGUGGACACCGCCUGUUCGGCCAGUCUAUCGGCCACUACUCUGGCUAUGAAUGAUAUGAGACUCGGAAACAUCGAUACGGCGAUCGUUUGCGGCACUCAUAUGCUGUUCGAGCCAUUCGUACUGCAGUUCCAACAGGAGUCGGGUCUGUGUUCGCCCAGAGGUGUGGCCGCAGUCCUCGACCAGAACGCCGACGGCUUCAUCAAAGGCGAGGCCGUGUGCUGUGCUUUCCUACAGCGCCGGUGCAAUGCUCGACGUGUUUAUGCGACCAUGGUCAACNUCGACCAGAACGCCGACGGCUUCAUCAAAGGCGAGGCCGUGUGCUGUGCUUUCCUACAGCGCCGGUGCAAUGCUCGACGUGUUUAUGCGACCAUGGUCAACGCUAAAAUGAACAUCGAUGGCAAUAAGACGAGCGGUAUGUUCUUCCCAUCGGCCGACGCACAGGAAGAGCUCAUGAUUGACACUUACAACGAAGUCAAUGUCAAUCCGCUUGACCUCACCUAUUUCGAAGCUCACUGUACCGGCACCAAGGCGGGCGAUCCGCAGGAAAUAAAGGCCAUAUAUAAUGCCUACGUUAAGGCUCCGGGACGUACCCAACCCCUGCUUUUGGGGGCGUUGAAGAGUAACAUCGGUCAUUCGGAGGCCGGUUCAGGGAUGGCGGCACUCAUUAAAGUGUGUAUUGUAUACGAGAAUGAGUGCAUUCCUCCCAACCUUAAUAUGAAACAACUGAAGGAUGAAUGCCUUCCCUAUUGUCCGCCUAUAAAACCUAUUGUGGAGUCGACGCCAUACAAACCAGGGUUGGCCGCAGUGAGCAAUUUUGGUAUCGGCGGUGCGAACGCACACGUAUUGCUCGAACCCAACCAUAAGUUGGGAACCAGUUCACUUAUGAUAACAAAGGUGUCGGAAAGUAGUAAUAAUAUUAAUUACGAAUACAAGAGACAGCAAAUUGGGUUUCUAAAAGGGAAGAGUGCUCGACCCCUAUGGCUACUGUUCCCGGGUUUGGGCGGUCAGUGGCCGGCAAUGGCUAAGGCUUUGAUGAAAAUCAAGAUAUUCGCCGAUAAAGUGGAAGAAUGCCAUCAAAUACUACACGAAUUCGGAAUCGAUUUGAAAACAAUGUUAUUAUCCGAAGACAAGGCAUCCAUGGCUUCAAUGACCGCAAAGUUCUGUUCGACGACUGCUAUAGAGAUAGCGUUGUUUGAAGUGAUGAAAGCGCUGGACAUCACACCCGACGGGAAGCAAUGGUCNGAUUUGAAAACAAUGUUAUUAUCCGAAGACAAGGCAUCCAUGGCUUCAAUGACCGCAAAGUUCUGUUCGACGACUGCUAUAGAGAUAGCGUUGUUUGAAGUGAUGAAAGCGCUGGACAUCACACCCGACGGUAUAAUUGGCCACUCGUUUGGAGAGAUAGCCUGUGCUUACGCUGACGGGUGUCUCACCACAAGGGAAGCAAUGGUCGUCACAUCCAUCCGAGGAAUAGUCACCGAAAAUAACAAAACUAUACCCAAAGGACUGAUGGCUGUCGUGGGGUUACCCAAGUCUGAGGCCCAGAAGUUGUGUCCAAACGGUGUUUACAUCGCCUGUAAUAACGCUAAGGAUAGUGUCGUUAUAUCCGGCCUGGAAAAAGAGAUGAAGGAAACGAUUAAAGUAUUGGCCGACAAAAAAAUAUUUGUCCGCCAAUUAGAGAGCAAUAAUAUUCCCUAUCAUUCAAAAUACAUCCAAACCGCUGCCCAACCGUUGAUCGACGCCAUCAAUAAACAUAUACCGCAUCCAAAGCCGCGCUCCAAGAAAUGGUUGUCCACUUCACUCAUGAGCGCCGACCCGACAGAGGAGGCCCUGCGUUACGCGUCGGGCGAGUAUUUUGCUUACAAUUUCGUUAACCCCGUCAUGUUUUACGACCGCAUUAGACAACUGCCGGCCGACGCCAUUGUCCUAGAGUUGGGCCCGCAUUCACUGUUUGGCAAAAUAAUAACCGAAACACUCAAUGAGUGCUCUUAUGUGUCGCUCAUUAAAAAGGAUUCCAACGACAAGAAUAUGGAUUUAUUUUUGUCCGGUUUGGCCACUCUGUACGAGUUGGGCGUUAAUCUGUCACCGAAUAAGCUGUACCCGCGGUGUGAGUGGCCGGUGGCCAGGAAUACGCAGUCGAUUAACUCGUUGAUCAAAUGGGAUCACAGUUUAGUCAUUCCGCGCCGUAUAUAUCCGGAGCGCUGGUGUCGGGGAAGAGCCGCUGACAUGAAUGUUGUCGUCAAUUGUGGCACAAAAGAGGACGAGUUUUAUUUGGACCACUCCGUAGACGGCAAUCCUAUAUUCCCGGCCACCGGCUAUUUAAUGUUAGCCUGGCGUAAACUGGCGGCCGAUAUGGGCAAACUUUGGUACAGCGUACCAGUUAUAUUUGAGAAUGUUCAAUUAAAAAGGGCCACAUUUUUAACCCUGGACCAAAACACUGUUCUUACAGUGAAAUAUCUUCCAUUAACAGGUGAGUUUACAAUAUACGAGAACGAAAACGCAUGCGUGUCGGGCAAAAUGCGUGCGCCGGGCGAUGACGUGCUAAUAGCGCAGCACUUGCUCUACGAAAAUGAGUGCAAACUAUCUGAGAGCCAGUACUCGGUUGAGAGGCACGACAUAUACAAAGAGUUGGGAAUUAUGGGCUUAGACUACGGGCCGGCGUUUCAACGGCUCCACAAAGUGGGCACAAAUGACUUCAACGAGUUCUACGGUGAGUGCGAAUGGGACGGACGGUUCGUCACUUAUAUGGAUGCGUUGCUGCAAUCGCGCGCCCUAUCGGUGCCCUUUCGCAAAAUGCUGUUACCGGUGCUGAUCCGCAAGUUACGGCUCGACCCGCGCCUUAUGUUUGACGCUUUGAAACGACACAGGAGUCAAAAAGAGGUGACGACCGGUGGGGGCGACGGCGCCGACGACAGCGUUCAAUUGAACUUAGAUAUGGACGGCGCGGUCGGCGGCAAAGUAUCCGACGAACAGAGCGCAGUCGCGGCGGUUAUGGAGAGAGAAAGAGUCCGAUUUAACGAACGCUUCGCCCAAUACUCGUCGCGAAUACCGUUUUAUUACAAUUUGGAUACAAAACAAUUGGUUUCGCCCGGCGUUGAACUCGAAGAGGUGGUCGUAUUACCCGUUCCCCGCCGUACGGACACCACUGGUCUGGUCUUGGAUUCGGCCGAGUUUUGCGCCAACGAUGAUAAUUACGCCAUCAAUGACUGCCAAUCGGCCGCUGUGUCCAAGUAUUUAGAGGUUUGUAAGUCAAUGGCAGCGAAAGUAAAGCAAUUGUGUGUUAAAGAAAUGAAAUGCGAUUUUAAUUAUCAACAAAUCACUGAAGAAGUGCUGCAAGAAUUGCGGAGCGGAAGCACUGAAAAUCAUGUUAUGUUUCGCACAUUUGAUAAAUUAUUGGCAGAAGUUGUCGAUAAAAAUCGUAAUCAAUUGAACGGUAGAGAUGGGGCAAACAUUUUGGAUGAAAUGCAAACAAAUAGUGAAUACGAUUUGAGUAAAGAUUUGGUGAAUCAGAUCCAGAAGAAUGAACGUAUGAUCAGAUCGUUGGUGGAUAUUGAAAAACUGAUCGCCGCUAAAGAAGCGGACAAUAAAACGGAUAACGUAUGGCUUGUGGCAAAUGACUCGUGUAUUAAUGGUAUCAUUGGUUUAAUGAAUUGUUUGCGUUUAGAACCGGGCGGAGAGAACUUCCGGUAUAUCUUCCAUAUGGACACCAAUAGUGUGACAGACAUUGACUUCAAUACUAAACCCUAUUCUGAUAUAUUGGCCAACGAUUUGGUCGCUAAUGUUAUCAAAGGGGGAAAACUGGGAACUUAUAGACACUUAAAACUUCCCAAUGAUUUUGAUAAAUGUGUUUCAAAUGAUUAUUAUCUAAACUCCGGCACAACAAGAGAUUUAGCGGGUAUUCAAUGGUAUGAUUCCCGGAAAUUACCCGAAAUUAAAAAGUAUUGGAAUGCAAAUAACAAAGAAAUGCCCAAAACUCGGGUUGAGAUAUACUGUUCGGGCAUUUCAUUUCACGACGUUAUGAUCGCUUCAGGUCGUAUACUUGCCGGUCCGGAACAGCUGUUUACCGAUUGUGUGUUGGGCUGUGAAUACGUGGGCCGUCGCGUGGAUACCGGGGAACGGGUGAUGGGUAUGGAUAUGGGCCGUACUUUUGCCACAUCAUUGAACGCCAGCAUUCAUAGCAUGACUACAGUUCCCGAGCACUGGUCGAUGGCAGAGGCGACCACUAUAUUGAGCACAUAUAGCACACUGUAUUACGCUCUCAUCAAACGGGCUAAUCUUAAACGAGGUGAAAGUAUAUUAAUACACUCUGCGGCGGGAGGUGUGGGUCAGGCGGCCAUCAAUAUGUGUAAGCAUUACGACUGCGAUAUCUAUGCGACGGUUGGGACGGAAGAGAAGAAACAGUUUUUGAUAAAUGAAUACAAUAUACCGGAGAAUCGGAUCUUUAACUCAAGAGAUAUUGUAUUCAAGAGUCAAGUGUUGAAACUGACGGCUGGAAAGGGUGUGGAUAUUGUGUUGAAUUCAUUGGCGGGCGAGAAGUUGGACGCGUCGUACGAGUGUGUGGCCAAUAGCGGUCGCUUUGUGGAGAUCGGUCGAUACGACAUGUUUCAAAACAAGCAAAUAGGCAUGUUUGAUUUUGUGCGCAAUAUUCAAUUUAUCGGUAUUGUUAUCGAUAUCGUUAUUAUGGAUGAAAUGGAUUUUUUCCCGAAUUUUUACAAUUGGGUUCACAAGAACUGUACGAAUGGUUGCGUUAAACCAAUUAACUAUACAUUGUUUGAGGCCAAGGAUACGGACAAAGCGUUCCGUUAUAUGACAACCGGUAAACAUAUGGGAAAAGUAAUCAUUAAAAUGAGAGACGAAGAGAUGGAUAGGCGGUCAUUGAAAGCGAUAAAACCGGCCGUAAAUAUGAAUGUAAUGAUUAAGACAUUCUUCGAUCCAAACAAAGUCUAUAUAAUAACCGGAGGUUUGGGUGGUUUUGGUCUGGAAUUGAUUCCAUGGAUGCAAUACUUCGGCGCCCGAAAGUUUGUGGUCACCUCCCGGUCGGGCCUUAAGACUGAUUAUCAGAAAUGCGUUUUCAAUCGUUUCAAAAUUUUUUACCAAAAAAUGAAACUCUUUGAGUGCCAAUGGAUUGUCUCGACUGCCAAUGGGUUUACAAUUGAAGGCACAAAACAAUUGCUAAAUGAGGCGAAAAAGUUGGGACCCAUUGGAGGGGUAUUUCAUUUGGCGAUAGAAUUGAAUAACUGUUUGAUAGAAAAAUUAACGUUUGACAAGUUUUGCGCAUCUAUUGAUACAAAACACAAGAUCUUUGCAAAUCUGGAUCAACUGACCCGACAAUUGGACUAUAAGUUAGAUUAUUUCGUAAUGUUUUCGUCCAUAGCUUGUGGUAAAGGAAACGCCGGGCAAUCAAACUAUGCUUUCGGGAACUCCAUGUGUGAGCGUAUAUGUGAAGAGAGACGUAGAGAUGGUCUGCACGGACUCGCCAUACAAUACGGACCCAUCGGUGAUGUGGGAGUGUUUGAAGGGACGGAUCAGUUGUUGGCGUUUACAAUAAUGAAAAAGCAGAGAAUAAACUCGUGUUGCGAUGUUUUGGACAAACUUUUAUCAAUCAAACAACCGGUCGUCACAUCUCAUAUUAAAGUGGAUAUGAGUGCCAAAGAGUCGGGCAGUAAAAAGUCACGUUUGAUCGCAGAGUUGUGGCGCGCGUUGGGUAUCGACCCGGAGGUGACGCCCAAUCACUUGACUCUCGGCGAGAUAGGGCUCGAGUCGAUGUUUGCCGUGGAGUUGCAACAGGAGUUGGAGAGGGAGUGGACUAUAAAAAUAUCGACAAAUCACGUCAAGAGUAUAACCAUCGGUAUGUUAAAGGACUACGAGGUGGGCAAUAUUGGCAAUGUAAAAAAGCACCUGGACGAAUUGAAACAAACCAGGGCAAAUUUGUUAAAACAGAAAUUUGUAAUUCCCACCGAAACCCACAUCCGUCUAAACGCCGUGACCACCGGUCGAGCCGUAUAUUUAAUGCCAACUAUUUUGUUGAAUUUCACCAUGUUUGAGCAGUUGGCACAAACGAUCAAUCGGCCAGUAGUAGGGCUCAAUUGGACCCGAGAAAUGUCCAAAAUAACCACGAUCAAAGAGCUGAAUCAGUACUUUAUUAAACUGUUGAGACAACUCGAACCAAAUGAUGGUUACGAUGUGGUCGGCUAUUUAGACGGUGCCAUCACUUGCAGCAAAUUGUUGCUCAAAGGAAUGGCAGACAAAGCGGUGAUUAUUGAUGUCUUGUCCGACGAGAGAUUAAUUGGGGAUCAGCUUUCAGAAGAAGAUUUGUUGGCCUUUUCGAUGAAUAUAUUGUUCAGAGAAAUGCCGGACAGUAUUAGGGAUAAAAUUGUACGCGAUUUGAAGAAAGAGACGGACACUAAGGCCCGCAUACGAGUGGUCACCACAGAGUUGGUUGACUUCGCGGGUAAAGGUCUGGUGGCGCCCAAUAUUGACGAGAUAUUUGCCAUUUUGUUGGCCAGACUUCGGAUGCUUUUGUCUUAUAGGGCGGAAAAGAGGAAGAAGUGGUCGAAUCGACUCAAAAUGACAAUCGGGAAAAAGUGGUCCAAACGUGUGGGCAAAUUGAUCAUGAUCAAACCAUUUCUAUUGGACAAUGUGGACGAUGUCGAUGAGUUGAUUGGCAAAUCACGCGACGCAUAUUUAUUACCCGCCGCACAGGAUGGUAACGAUGGCAACGACAAUAUAGAGGUGUCGAUAAUCAACAGUAUUCCUAAUUUGGAUCAAAUGAACGCCGAAAUGAAUGAAAAAGUUUUGGCUGCGCUUAAUUAA